AUAUGUUUCCUUGUCUUUUCUUGCUUCACAGCUGCUGCUAUCACCUAGCAUGGAUGACAUGGAGAAAUGGCCAGAGGUAGAGAAAGCCGCGGCAGAGAAGAGGCGAGAGCUGGUCCUCCAGGGUCCUGGUGUGGACCAGAGGAUCUCCUCUGAUGGCGGACUCACCCGGUCCGUCUACUCCCUCACCCUGCUGAACUACCUGGAGAUUAGCCAGUGCCCAAGUCUGACAGAGAUCCACGAGGACAUCCAGCAUCUAACCCACCUCCAGAGCCUCAUCAUGUGCAGGAACAAACUCUCCUCCAUCCCGGAUGUGAUCGGCAGGCUCGGGUCCCUGAAGGUCCUGGACCUGUCCGUCAACAACCUGAGGGUUUUACCGCAGGGCAUCGUCCAGUUAAGAGAGCUCAACACCCUGAACGUGAGCUGUAACAGUCUGGAGGUCCUGCCCGAGGGUCUGAGCCAGUGUACCAAGCUCUCUACCAUCAACAUCUCCAGAAACCACAUCACCGGUUUCCCCGCUGACCUGUACUCCGAGCGGCUGGACCUCCUCAGCAGCCUGGUGGCCUCCGACAACUGCAUCCAGGAGCUAAGUGCAGAUAUUCACAAGCUAUCUGCUCUGAAGGUGCUGGAUCUCUCUGGGAACCAGCUGACAGAGAUCCCCCCUGACCUGAGCGACUGUCCUAAGCUGAAGGAGAUCAACUUUAAAGGCAACAAGCUGAAUGACAAGCGUCUGGAGAAGAUGGUGAACGGCUGCCAGACCAAGUCCAUCCUGGAGUACCUGAGAGGAAGAGGACGAGGGAGACAGGGGGAGGAUGGAGGUGAUGGAGAUGGUGGACGAAACGCAGACAAGAAGAAGAGGCAGCAGCAGAGGAAGAAGAAGGAGAAGGUGGCGGACGGACAGGACGAGGUGGAGGAACUGAACAAGAUGGUGGUGAGGGUCCUCCAUGUUUCAGACGCUCCCACGGCGCUGACGGUCAGAGUUACCGCCGAGGUGAAGGAUGUCCGACCAUACCUGGUGUGCUGCGUGGUCAGGGGCAUGAACCUAAAGUCUGGGAAUUCUCUCAAACGCUUCCUCAUGGCGCAGACGAAGCUUCAUGAUGAUCUUUGUGGUAAAAGGACCACGGCGACCAUCGCAACUCACGAUGUGCAGCUUCUCAAAGGUCCACUGACGUAUGACGUCAAACCACCGACACAGCUAAAGAUUGUUCCUCUGGGUCGGAAGGAGAUGACGGCGGUGGAGCUGAUCAGACACCUUCACCUCGAGGCUGAAGAACUGAGGAAGCAGAAGAAAAGGCAGAACGUCACCGGCCUCCACAAAUACCUGCAGCUUUUACAAGGAAAACCUCUGUAUCCCUGCCUCAUUGAUGGAGAGGGUCAUGUGAUCUCAUUCCCACCCAUCACCAACAGUGAGAAAACCAAGAUCAAGAAGACGACCAAAGAGUUGCUCCUGGAGGUGACGAGUGCCACCAGCCUACAGACCUGUAAAGACGUCAUGGAUGCUCUGAUCGUGAAAAUGGCAGAGUUGAACAAGUUCACAGCGGAGCAUCAGGAGGAGGCUGGGUCAGACGGGGAGGGGGACGGUCCAUCAGAGCCGGCGGUGACCAGCAGCGAGAUGUCCAGCGAACUCAUCAUCCAGCAGGUCCGAACCAUCGACCAAGACGGGAACCUGAAGGUCGUCUAUCCGUCAAAGACUGACCUCUCCAAAGACAUCAGCAACCUGACCGUGGUUUGGUAGUGAUGCUGUGGACGACCUGCCAUGUUUACACUCAGUCUCGUGCUAAAUGAAGUAAUUAACAGAUUCACACUGUAGGAUGUUUCAUCCUUUAACUUCAGGGAGCAGAGGAAACCUGAUCCUAAAGGACCAGAAUCCUGUAGUGGGUCUCCUGUUGAUGAAUUUACUUAACAGCUUUUUGAACGACAUGCAAUAAUACUUUAAUAAAUUCCUGAUCAUCAUGACACAUUGUAUGUCCAGAUAUCCUUAUUUUUGUAUUAUUUACAAACUGAAGACAAAAUUAAUUUUGUUCAAGUGACAUUGACUUUAACUUGGACUGAUCUCUGGCACUGGAAGAUUCUCUUUUUACCACCUUUAAAUAUUGGCAUUUUCCCUUUAAGCAGCAGAUAAUGUCUAAAAGAGGCUUAAUAAACUUUCCUUCUGUUUUCAUUCA